AUGGGUCAAGCGCAAACGAAACGCGCGGGAGUAGAAAUCAGCGACGCGAGCGAUGAUUGCGACGAAAAUGCCGACGGUAACGAGGAGCCAAGUAUCCGUGGUUGUGAAGAUAUACAACAGGACGACGAUGAUGAUGAUGAUGAUUCGGAGGAGAGAAGAGCGACCGGAGCGUCGACAUCAUCGACAGUUGGAAAUGAAUUUGAAAAUGUACAAGAAGACGAAAAAGAAUAUCAAGAAGAAGAAGAAGAAGAAGAAGACAAAGAAGAUGAAGAAGUUGAGCGCGAGUUUCUGGAAACCGAGGAGGGAAACGAGGACGCGCGUUUAGUCGCAAAAUGCGACGAUUUGUGCCCGGAAGAAGAAAGAACGAUGCGAUUGGCUCGGUCUGAUUUCGACCCAAGGUUCGAAGGUGCAAAAGGCGAAUUGCUCAUGAAACGAUUUUCGCGAACGUUUAACGGGAAUCCGGAGGAAGUGAGGAGUUUAGAUGCGAUAGAGAAGAGUUUGGAACGAGUAGCGACGGUGAUUGAAGAGACGAUUGGUGGUGUUUGCGAUUGUUUGAAGCGCGAUGAGAACAGUUUGGAUUUCGAAGCGUUGAAGACGUUUUCUGAACUCGCGGAUUUUGUUCGGGAUCGUUCUCGAGCGAUUCGAGGAGACUUGACUGCGCAAUCGGCGAGUGGACCAAAAAGCAGGCGAAUUAUGCGACGUCUUGUGCACAUGAUGAUUCGAUUCGAUUACGAGAUCAGAAAACGACAAAGACUGAGAGCGUACACAUACAUCGCGCAAUGGGUGAAAUUCAAUUAUUCGGAUCCGGACGCGAGAAGAAUGAUACACCGGGAUCAUUCCAUGGCGCUACAGUUUCGUGAACAAUUGGGGAAGUCGUUGGCUACGUACUCGAUCAUGUGCACGGAGCGGGCUGAGUUCGUCUCACCGGAGGAUAAAGCUGAGAUUUUGUCCUAUCGGUUGUUACUCAGACUUUCGGCAAAGGUUGAAGAAGAAGAGGAGGAAAAAGAAAAAGAAAUGGAAGGGAACCGUUCCUCUUCUUCCUCGUCCUCUUCUAAACUCGACAACAUCGAUUUUCGCGCGGCUGAACUCGGCGUUUUGAAUUCUCCGAUCGUUUCGAGAGCCAUGUACCUCUCCGUCUGCGUAGAUGUGGGCAAAUACGUCUCCUUCUUCAAAACGAUCGAUUCCGAAUCCUUCACGUUUCUCGAAUUCUGCUGUGUAUACGCGUGUCUCGACCCGCUCCGCGCUCGAUACAUCUCGCGCUUAAACGUCAGCCACAACCGCAUGAAAAUGAAAAAAGAAGACGCUUGCUCAAUUUUGAAAAUACAACACGUCGAGAAACUCAACCUCCUCCUCUUCAAAACUUUCACGGAUUCUGGCGAGACCGAUAUCGAGUUUAGCGCCGCUUGCAAGAGGGAACCGAAGGAGUACGAAGUCUACAGAACGAAACUCGAAUCAGUAGCCAUAGAAAACUUAUACCUAGAAUCUGCGCUGACUGUCGUUCGUGCGUAA